AAAACAAGAGGCGGUAAGAGCGCGGCCGGGCACCAUUCGGCAGCAGCACCUGAGGGAGUAGCGCCCGCGCCGCCCGCUCCGCCCAGCCAGGGACCCGCGCCGACCUCGCCAUGGGCAAAGGCGACCCCAAUAAGCCGCGGGGCAAGAUGUCCUCGUACGCCUACUUCGUGCAGACGUGCCGCGAGGAGCACAAGAAGAAGCACCCGGACUCGUCCGUCAACUUCGCAGAGUUCUCGCGGAAGUGCUCGGAGCGGUGGAAGACAAUGUCAAGCAAGGAAAAAGGAAAGUUUGAAGAAAUGGCUAAAGGAGACAAAGCUCGCUAUGACAGGGAGAUGAAAAACUAUGUUCCUCCCAAAGGCGAGAAGAAGGGAAAGAAAAAGGACCCCAACGCUCCUAAAAGACCACCAUCUGCGUUCUUCCUUUUCUGUUCUGAGCACCGUCCGAAAAUCAAAAACGAACAUCCUGGCUUGUCCAUUGGAGAUACAGCAAAGAAAUUAGGUGAAAUGUGGUCUGAACAGUCGGCCAAAGAUAAACUGCCAUACGAACAGAAGGCUGCAAAACUAAAGGAGAAGUAUGAAAAGGACAUUGCAGCAUAUCGUGCCAAGAGCAAGAGUGAUGCAGGAAAGAAGGGCCCAGGUAGGCCUGCAGGAUCUAAGAAGAAAGCAGAACCAGAGGAGGAGGAGGAGGAAGAGGAGGAGGAGGAAGAAGAGGAAGAAGACGAUGAGGAUGAAGAAUAAAUGAAUGUCCUGGUGUAAAGAUUUAUGCUCGGGAUCCAACAUUUUGCUAAGAAUGUGAACUCAAGUGCAGCUCAUUGUUAGCUUCAGUAUAAAAAUCUGUACAGAAUUGUGUAUAGGUCAUGUGGUUCUUUGUAGGGAGACUUCAAUUAUAAUGUAAGCAGUAGCCAAGGGCUGCUACAGUUCGCUUUGGAAAAACAAAAGUUGUUGAAUGUUUCUGCUGUUUCUGCAUAUUUAAUGGUUUUAUUGAAAUUCAGUGACUGAUAGCCAGGUGUUUCUUUUUAGCUAAGUAAAACAAAGGUAGCUUAAUAGCUGAUCUUAUAUUUUGUAGU